CCUGUCGAUAGAGAUGAUUCUCGCUGUCGUCGUCUCCCUCGUCCUCCUCUCAGUGUUGUUGUUCUCGGUGACGCGACGGAGGUGUAGCCUGACGCGGUCUCUUACGUGUCGGUCUGAAUAAAAGUGGAGCUCCGUAGACCCGGGAGUGACGAAGCGAGUCUGUGUUGAUUUUUAAUGACCAUGGAGGCUGGUGCAGACACACAGCAAAGUGGUGAAACAGCUGUCUCAGAGUCUGAGGCCCAGCACAUUACCCUGGCUCAGGCAUCCAUAGCUGCAGGCCAGGUGUCGUCCAGUAGUCCAACAGUGACUCUUGUGCAGUUGCCCAACGGUCAGACAGUCCAAGUGCACGGGGUGAUCCAAGCUGCACAGCCCUCUGUCAUCCAGUCCCCACAAGUCCAGACAGUACAGAUUUCGACUGUUGCUGAGAGUGAGGACUCUCAGGAGUCUGUUGACAGCGUGACAGAUUCUCAGAAGAGGAGAGAGAUCCUGUCCAGACGACCUUCUUACAGGAAGAUUCUGAAUGACUUAUCUUCAGAUGUGCCGGCAGUGCCUCGAAUUGAGGAAGAGAAGUCAGAGGAUGACUCAGCCCCUGCCAUCACAACAGUCACCAUGCCCACUCCCAUCUAUCAGACCAGCAGUGGCCAGUACAUUGCCAUUACCCAGGGUGGGGCCAUCCAGCUGGCUAAUAACGGCACAGAUGGAGUGCAGGGUCUCCAGACGCUGACCAUGGCCAAUGCUGCUGCAGCCCAGCCCGGUGCCACCAUCCUGCAAUACGCCCAGACCAGCGAUGGGCAGCAAAUCCUAGUGCCCAGCAACCAAGUGGUUGUACAAGCUGCCUCUGGUGAUGUCCAGGCCUAUCAGAUCCGCACAGCCCCCACCAGCACCAUCUCUCCUGGGGUGGUCAUGGCGACUUCACCCGCUCUGGGCACAGCAGGAGCCACAGAGGAGGUCACACGUAAAAGGGAGGUCCGACUUAUGAAAAACAGAGAGGCAGCCCGCGAAUGUCGCAGAAAGAAGAAGGAGUACGUCAAGUGUCUGGAGAACCGCGUGGCCGUGCUGGAGAACCAGAACAAAACCCUCAUUGAGGAACUCAAAGCCCUCAAAGACUUGUACUGCCACAAAUCUGAGUAGAAAAAUGCCACCAAACGCCUGCCAGGGGCUCCACAGGUGCCCGUCUGUCCCCAUGUACAGAGACUCAGCACAGAGCCAUGCAUCUGGAUGCUACUCCCGCCCCCUUUUCUACUCUUUUGCUUUCUUUUUAAAGACUGCUGAAAAUCUGUAAAGUGACUCACCAGGAAUAGAAUAAAAACACACACCUCCCACUUCACUGAUUUGAAAUCCCAAUUCUGUUCCCAUCAGUUUCAGGGUGAGGCAGUGUGAUGGAGACUACAACUAUACAGGGUCCUUGUGGUGAAGUGAUAGAACAGACGAUGAGGCUGUUUUCGUUUCGUUUUUGCGCCACCAAAGGGAAACAUUACAGUCACUGGUGCCUGGACACACCGGGCAACAUCACCAGCAACGGGGAACUGCUUGAUCACCAUCACCACUAACAACAGAACUUUUUACAGUUUGAUCUCCUAGAGACACUUGGAUCAUCUUGAGAGGUUACUUUCACGUGCAACAUUUGUAAUCGUAACUGAGCUCUUGCAUUAACAUCUGUUACUUACCAAUGCUUUGAACUGUAGAUGGGCUGUGUCAUGGAUAUUUUAUCUCUGAGCUGUGUUUUGGUUUAUGUAUUAGAUUGUCUGCUCUCAUAAUGCCAUUGACUUUUUGUUAGUUAACUUUUUACUUUGCCUUGAUAUGACAUGAACAAAAAAGCUAACCAUUAAGUCAGUUUGUAACAUUGUGUUCAUGUUAAUUGCAGCUUUAAAAUACAUGAAGAGACUGUAGAACUUGGACAGUGGUGAAUUUGGAAGACACAAGACUGAUCUCUUCAAAUGUUUUUGGGUCUGCAAUGCAUGUUCCCAAUCACAUUACUGAGGUUCACUGAUUUAGAUUUUUAACUAUCGUCACAGAAAUAUCCCCCGAGUUAUAAAAAGGAGCAGAUCUUUUUGAACAGAUUUACAGUGGGAGUUAGUUCCCUGUAAGUCUGCAGUAAACAACGUCUUGUUUUGGCAUAGUUUGCCUCUAGUAAGUCAACAAAUGGGAAUAAAAUAGAAAUGAGCUGCUGCUCAUACACCAGAGUAUAUAAUGUUUAAAAAAAGAAGGUUAACUUACAGUGUUUGGUUUUUAAAUAUUUUUUUGGCCAUAUUUUUUAUUCUGUCAAUCCACUUUUUAAAAUUUGUUUCAUUAAUUCCUGGAUUUUGAACAAAAACCAAAAAAAUGAGCCUUACAUGUUAUGCAAUGGAAGAGAUACUUUGUCUGCAUAUUUCUAAACAAAUUUUGGAGACACAUGCCCCUUUACUGGAAUCAUGGAUAGCCUGGUAUGUUUGUGUUUUAUUGUCUUUGAACAUUUAAUAUUAUCACCUUGUUUAUUGGGAAAGCCUACAUUAACUCUGUACAACUUAUGAGAAAUAAUUUGUGCAGUUGAAUGUUUGUAAAUUGAUAAUAAGAAACCGAGAUACCAGGACCUCUUUUGUAGUGGCAUCAGCAGGGGCUGUCUCCAAAUUCUGUUUACAGGUUUACAAAGUGGCAUGUGCACUUUCCCUGCAUAUACAAUCCUACAACAUUUCACAUGAUUUAACAGGAAAAUCUCAUGCAACACUGACAGGCAAAGCCUGCUGCUGCAAGGUGGGACGCCGCUGAGAUUUUACUUGAAAGUAACAAAUGUGAGUGUUUUGUUGCUUAUUAAAUAUCAAGGCAUCAUCACAUUGAUCAUGAUCAUUGAUCACGUUAUUAGUUGUGUGGAGCUUCAAAUCUCACCAAGUACAACCCGAUUGCACCUAUCAACCUCCCUGCAAAAGGAUUGCAAAGUGCGACCAAAUCAAAAUCACGAUGACUUCAUGGUGAACAAAAUGGAUAUUUUCAUGAUAAUGGAAUGUCAUACUGUAUUCUUUUAGGUAUUAUGUAUAGUCAUGACAUAGUAUGCUUUUUUAUGUUGCUUUUCAUGAAUUUUGUAUUCACAAUUUCUAAAUGUCAGCACCAACUUGUAUAAUACAGUGCAUUAUGUCAGAGCUAUUCAAAUAUUACAUUUUUGGCAGCUGGUAAUAAAUGUGUUUCUGGUAA